AGUAACAAAGCAAUUGAAGCGCCUGUCCCUUUAAAUCAUACGUGCCCGCGCACGCGCGGCCCAGAAGCCGCUGGAAAGUUGGUGAAGAAGUUUGAAAAGUUUAUGCGGGGCUCAGUCUGAAAGAGACGACCGACAAUGUUAGCAGCCCAGUAAAGGACCUGGUGGGAUUUCAUAUUAUUAUUGGGAAUAAACUGGGAUGCAACUGCAAAAACAAAAAAACAAAAAAGCAAAUAAACAAAGAAUAGAGGGAUGCAGAAUAAUUGGUGAACAGAGAGAGAAAGACUAAGCCACUACAAUGAGACCAUGAGAGGUCUUCCUUCGCACAAUGCUGAUUAACUUGAACGUUGGAGCCAAGGAAAACCGCUUCCAUGGAGUCUCUGCUACGAUGCACGAGAAGAGCCCGGCUCUGACGGAUAUUACGGUCAAACCAAUGGAAACGCAGCCCGUUCCUGCAGCACUGUUGGAAUGCCCCACUCCGCCACCUCCCCCUCCUCCUCCUCCUCCUCCUCCUCCACCCCCACCCCCUCUCGCCCCCCCUCCCCCUCCGCCUCCCGCUUUCGGCGCCCCAUUCUCCCGCCAGGUUGUUACCCGGAGGUCCAAGCUGAGGAAUUUUAACUGGGACGCUAUUCCCAAGGAUCAGAUUUUGGGGAAGAACAGCGUGUGGAGCGAUGUGCAGAGCGAUGACUUUCAGAUCGACACCACCAGCAUGGAGGAGCUGUUUGGGAGGAAGGAGAGUGCGUCACCGACUGGGACGAACGUCAGCCGCAGGAGCCUGCGCUGCAGCUCGCCCAUGGAUACCAACAGUGACAAGGUGUCUCUGUUGGAUGCAAAGAGGAGCAUGAAUGUGGGGAUAUUUCUAAGGCAGUUUAAAAGGGCGGUGACCGAUAUUAUCGAGGACAUCAGACAAGGAGUCAGCCAGUCUUAUGGCUCUGAGAAAAUGACUGAACUCUGCAAACUGCUGCCAGAGAGUGAAGAGGUGAAACGUUUGAAGUCUUUCCAAGGAGAUCGCAGCAAGCUGGGGGAGGCUGACCUUUUCAUGGUGUUGAUUGUGGAAGUGCCCAGUUUUCAGCUGCGUCUGGAAGCCAUGAUCUUAAAGGAGGAAUUUGAGCCUCAUGUGACCUCGCUGUGUUCCGCAGCCCGCACGCUCAAGCAAGCAGCUCAGGAGGUCUUGAACUGUCCGGAGCUUCACACAAUUCUACGACUUGUGUUGAAGGCAGGAAACUACAUGAAUGCUGGAGGAUACGCUGGCAACGCUGCUGGAUUUCGAAUUGCAUCUCUGCUGAAACUUGCCGACACAAAAGCCAACAAACCGGGGAUGAAUCUCCUGCACUUUGUAGCCAUGGAAGCUCAGAAGAAAGACAAAGUGCUUCUUUCCUUCCCUGACAAAUUGAGGCACGUGGGCCCUGCCAAUAGGUUAUCAGAAGACUCGGUCGUGGAGGAGCUGUGCCGGUUACAGCGCCGAGUGGAUGGGUUGCGGAACAACCUGCAGAGUGAGGCCGAGCUGGGGGCUCAGACACAACCCUUUUUGCAGGCUGCAGAGUCGAGGCUCUUGCAGGCUCAGGGGGAAGUGGAGGACAUGAGGCUGGCCAGUCAGCGCCUGGUUGAGUUCUUCUGUGAGGAUGGCGACACGUUCAAGCUUGAGGAAGCCUGCAAGGUCUUCCAGAGCUUCUGUGAAAAAUUCAUUAAAGCUAUUCAGGAGAACUGGGAGCGGGAGCUGCAGGAGUUGAGACGGGUGCAGCGACAGGAAAGGGAGGAGGAGGGUUUAGAGAAGCGGCGCUCAAUCGCCACCUGCUCAACGCCGGAGGUGGGGUUGGGGUGGACCGCCUCGGAUGACGACCUAGAGCUAACACUGGAGAGGAACCUGCGCAACUCAUGGAACAGGCGAAGCUUCCGCCGCAGAGAGCCCCGUCCCCAGCUGAGCAUUCUGGCCAAUGAAGACUCAAGUAAGAGGCUAUACUCCCCGGAGAAGACAACAGUGGAGAACAAGGAGUUUAUUCAGGAAGACUGCCCUGCUCAGAGCGCCCAACUCAUGCGGCAGGUAACAGAAAGGGUCCUGAGCCAACAGAUGAGCCUCAGCGCCUCUGGACAGGGCAAAGCAGCCGCUGCGGCAGUGCCUGUCCCAAAACCAGUGGAGGAAGGACUGCAGGAGUGUGUGCAUCUGCUACCCGAGUACCCCAAAGUGGGAGAGUCACUGGAGUGCCACAUGCUGGUGAGAGGGCUGAAGUCGUAUGACAACAUGACCUCGGCGGUACAGAAGCCCAGCCAUUGCUCUAAAUGGCGUCGGGAAUCAACAGCGAUGCAAAGAGAGGCGAUGGAGAGCGAGAGGAAGGGAAAUGUGAGGACAAUGAGGGAAAGUAAGAGUUUGAAGGUUUGCGGAAGUGAAACUAGGGAGCGAGGAGGAGCAACUGCAGUGUUUCAGCAGAAGGAAUUGGAAGUGAGUAAACACAAAGACUCUGUAAAAGACGGGACUAAAAUGAAUGAGGCUGGCACUGUGCCGAAGAGAUAUCACUCUUUGAAAGAGCGGAGCACAGCCCUCAUGGGCUCUCUGAGGCAGAAGGGAAUUAAGCUGGAGGAGCCGGUGCCUGCUUCGCCACGAGACUCAAAGCUGCCAUUAUUCCCCCGUGGUGGAUUGCGCAGUACUAUGCCGCACAGGCCAGCUGUGUCGGCCUCUCAGGACGUCAAACGUCCCGGCAGCUUCAGGGAAAAACAGAAUGUUCCCAAUAUCACCCCCGAACCCAAAACCAAAUCCCUGAGGCGCCCUGCUGAAAAAAAUAAACUGGAGAAGGAGAAGUCGAUUGUGUCUCCAACAAGCAUUUCCCAUGCUUCCUCACUGAGAGUUCCCAAGAGAGUCUCCAAUGGGCCCGACUCGACUCCUGCAGUUACAGGGAGUGGGCAGCAGAGGCGGUCACCUCAGUCGAAUUCUGCCAGCAUGAGAACAAGAACUGGAGCAGCUGCUGUGCCAGCCGCCACUAAGAUAGUGAAGCACUGUGAGCCCAGCUCGCCCAGUCCGAGGACUGCUGUAGGUCGACCGAGUAAGAGUCCUAAAGGAACAGGCCUGCCCACUUGGAAAUGAGAGUGGGAUACAUUCCUGGGGCAACCACCUUACUUCACUCUCAGCUGGGUCAUCACAGGAGACAAGGCAGGAGUAGUUUAUCAGGAAGAAGUAAUUGAUGGAUGGAGUGAGUAAUCCAUGACACUAGGGCCGUACACAGUCAAAAGAGGCGGAGGUUAAUGCAUUUAAAUCCAUUAUGAACAGUGAGGCUUCAGUCAUCUGCAGAAAUCAAGCUUGCCUCAAUAAGACCCUGGAGAUCUAGAUUCCUCCUUAGCUCAGGAGUUGGCAGUGACCAGCAAGUUCAUGGUGUUGAUUGGUUCAUCUGUUUUCCAUUUUGCAAAAUCCUUGGAACAAUGUCCUUGCUUUGCACAUGUGCAGUUAACCAUAUUUAAAAUGUCCUUCCACAUAAAUCUAACAUUUUCAGUCGAGUUGUCAGAAACCACAGUAAACUACAGCAGUCAAUAAUUACAAGUUUAAUUGAAACUCUGUAAGGUACAAAAAGGUUCAAUUUUAUUCAUUUCUGUAUUUAAUAUUUCUAGUAAAGUGAUCAAUUUAUUUUUCAUGAGUUUGUUUAAUUUGAAUUUAUUUUAAGCGUGUACACAACUCAAGUAAUCCACUGUCAGACGAUGGAUUAUUUACCCUAAUCAACACUUUUCCAUUUCCCUUGUGUUGUAAAGAUGGCAACAAGUGCACUGCGCUUUAAAAUCUGUGCUCGUCAUUCUUACUCUCCCCAGAUUAUUCAAUGCACAUGUGUGGAGCACUUGCAUCAUUCCAGGGAUCCUUGCGAAAAUUAUUAACAGAUCUAAUCAAAGCCAUACUCUCACUAGCUUCUACCACUCCAAUAAAAGACGAAAGUGCCUUGAGCUUCAAGCUGCUGUUGAAUGACAAAAGUCAGUAUUGGGUGGUUCUGGCGAUCCUAGAAUGGCCAAUAUGAUACUGAACUUCAACAAAACCACUUCUUGUGCUGGUGGUACCAGAGAAACUGACUGACAAAAGCUUUAAAACAGCCAACAUACCUCAAAUGUCCAGGACUCCCAGUGCUGGACACAGGGCAGCGCUGGACAAUCAUGCUGCAGUCUCGAUAUGAUCACACCACAUAUCCACUGGGCUGCUGUGUCUAGACCAGAGGUGAGCAACAAGGGCCCUUCCAGUGCAGAUCUUUGUUUCAUCCAAGUUCCACCCAAGUCCUAAUACAAAUGGUUCCUAUAAAACCUGGAGUGGAAUGACCCUAUCGCAAACGAGAGUUGUCCUUACCUGUGCUAGAGUAUGCCAGUACAUAUUGAGCAAGUUCUGGUUUUCCCAUACUGAACUGUUGUGAAGUCAAUCAUCUGCUUGUAAUAGUACACAGGGUUAGAAGAAGGUCUGCAACAGUAAAUGCAUGAUCAUUUAUAUAUAAUAUCACUCUGUUGUCCUGAAAUAUAGUUGUCAUUUUAAUUAAUGUACAGUUCUCUGAUGUGCCUCAGCCCAAUGAGGUGCGUUGGGAAUUAAAUGUAGUUCUCUUUUGUUUUUGUUUUUGUUCUGACACCAGUAUGCAAAGGAAUUAUUUUUUUAAAUGGUGGCAAUUAUACUGUAUCCUCCCCACACACCACUUUUAGUACCACAUAAAACAAAGGGAUGUAACACAGCCAGCCAUUUGAGUAUGCGUGAUAUGAAAAAAAAAAAAAAAAAAACCU